AUGGCGACCCCAACCAACUGCAAGAUGACCUUCUUUGACCUCCCUCGUGAGUUACGCGACAGUGUCUACGAGUGCGGCGCCCAAUUCACCUUCACCCGCACCGUCGACCUCGCCCUUUCACGCCCAAUCACACGCUACAGCAACGGCUCUCUCCUCCUCACCUCGUGCCAAUCCCACAACGAGACCGCCAAGCUCUACUACGCCCGCACUAUCUUCUACGCGACCAACGUCGACAAACUCUUCAACUGGAUUACCGCGUUGCCAGACAAGUAUGUCACUGCCAUCAAGAACAUCCGCUGUACCUGGCCGGCGGCGUGGAUCCUCUAG